GGCGCGCAGCCGACACGCAUCCAGCGCUGACUUUUCCGAUGCGUCUGAGAGGACCAGGUCGGAGUUUUUUCGGGUAGUGCACGAUAAUCCGAUUGUUUGUGGGUACAUUUCAGAGGGACAGGGGAUCAGAAAGCGCGCAGUGGAGUGGAUGGCCCGAGCCUGGUGCUGGGCAGAGAUACAGGAUACCAGAGCGCGUAUUCAGUCCGAUAAUGGACCGGCAAUGAGAGAGGACUUUAUACAGGAAUAAAUACAAGCGCCGCACCAACAGAAUGCGGGAGCGGGACAUCCAGAGUGUUUGUACAUGGCUACUGCUGCUCACCCUAACACUCCUGUCUCUCUGGGGUCAUCUCACCCUGGCAUCCUCACACCGCAACCACAUAGGGCACGUGAAGGACGGGACAUGUGAAGUGAUCGCAGCCCAUCGCUGCUGUAAUAAGAAUAAGAUUGAGGAGAGAUCUCAGACAGUCAAAUGCUCCUGUUUUCCUGGACAGGUGGCCGGGACGACUAGAGCAGCCCCAUCCUGUGUCGAUGCAUCAAUAGUAGCCCAGAAAUGGUGGUGUCAGAUGCAGCCAUGUCUGGAUGGAGAGGAGUGCAAAGUUCUUCCAGAUCUCACAGGCUGGAGCUGUAGUACUGGCAACAAGGUCAAAACGACAAAGGUAACUCGGUAGUGUCAUGCUCCAUUCAGAAGACGACGACGUGGUGAACAGGAACCAGAAGGACUUGCUAUGAAGAAACUCACCCAUAGCAAAGUAAUACGAGAACUAAAGACUCAGCAUCUUGCAUUCCACACCAUUUAUGAAAAUAAGGACCAUCACGGCGCUCAGAUUCCCUCUACCCCAUCGCUCUCCCAAAACACUCUUCCUGAGUUCCGUUAUCCUCAGCAUCUGCUGCAAAUCUCAUCAGCACUACUACACGGAUGGAACACUGUUCGCUCACUUGAAUCUGCAAUGCAUUGGGAUCAUACUCAACAGUAGAAAGCUAAUUACGGUGGAUGACCUACCACUCGGAACAAUUUCAUUUGUUUGGUUUCUUUCUCUCCCAGCUGCUUGAAGAUGUUUUGUUGUGUUCUCAGAAUCAGAUGUCAGUCGAUGCUUCCUCUAAUCUCACCUUUUGUAGCUGAAAUAAAAUGCAACAUUCUCCCUUUCCCUUCAGAAAUGUUCUCAUCAUUUUCACUUCGCAAAUAGAACUGGAAUUCUGGACUUACUGACCAUCUGCAGAGGAUUUCUGUUUCUUUUUUUAAUAAAUAAAUAAAUAAGUCGACUUUUUAACCCAAAAGACAAUUAAAUGAGUAAAUGUUAUGGUAUGAUUCUGUAAAAGUGUA